AUGCGCGAAUAUUUACAGCCAAUGAGAGAAUUGCAGGAAGGCAUUACUUUUGUCUCUGUUGGCCAUCGAUUUUCUCUGAAACAAUUCCACGAUAUGGAGCUACGAUUACUUGGUAGAGGAGAAUGGUCCAUGUACGAUAUCGACUCUGCUUCAGUCGCAAGCCGUGCUGCCAGUCUUUUCGGCAACGACACUAUAAUGUCGAUGUAG